AUGCCGCACGCACCCAGAAACAGCUUCCUCGCUCCUGGCGUUAGCCGUUACAGCCGUUCUUCCGUCUACGCCAAGAAGGCUUUGCACAAGCGUCAGAAGAAGGCCGUUGCUGCUCCUACCAAGGAGACUGCUGCCGAAAAGACUGUCGAAGUCAAGGGUGCCAAGAACGGUGGUAAGCGCACUGUUCCCGCUCAGAAGGCUCCUCGUUUCUACCCCGCUGAGGAUGUUCCCCAGCCCAAGGUCUCUCGCAAGUCCUCCAAGGCUGUUCCUCUUCGCUCCACCAUCACCCCCGGUGCUGUUGUCAUUUUGUUGGCCGGUCGUCACCGUGGUAAGCGUGUUGUCGUCUUGAAGCAACUCGACAGCGGUCUGUUGCUUGUCACCGGUCCCUUCAAGGUCAACGGUGUCCCCUUGAGACGUGUCAACCAAGCUUAUGUCAUUGCCACCUCCACCAAGAUUGACAUUUCUGGUGUCAAGAUCGAUGACAAGUUCAACGAUGCUUACUUCAAGAAGUCCGAGAAGAAGGCCAACAAGGAAUUCCUCGAGGGUGACAAGAAGAAGGAAGCUCUUCCUGAAUCCAAGGUCGCUGACCAGAAGAACGUUGACAAGGCUAUCAUUGAUGCUGUCAUCAAGACUCCUUUCCUCCGUCAAUACUUGAGCACCUCGUUCGGUUUGAGCAAGGGUCAGUUCCCCCACAACAUGAAGUUCUAA